AUGGCUGCUGCUGCUGCUGCAGCAGCAGCAGCAGCAAACUGUGCUGUGGGGCCGGCCUCGCAGCAAAGCUGUCUCCGCCCGACGCACGAUUAUCUCCACCCUGAAGACAGCAGCAGCAGCAGCAGCAGCAAGGAGCUCUACGUGUUCAUUCGGGCCCUUGGGAAGCAGCAAGAAUGCAGCAGCCGAGCAGCACAGCCUGCACCACUCCCAAAGCAACAGCAGCAGCAGCAGCAGCAGCAGCAAGUCCUUGCCUGGCAGUUGUCCCCUGUGAGGCCGCAGUGCACCCGCAGCUCUGAAGUAGGCGAAUGCGAAAGAGAGCAGCAAGGUUUUGCUGCGCUGCUGCAGACGUUGCCUUUGCAGCAGCUGCUGCUGCUGCAGCCCCCCUGUGCUGCAGCAGCAGCAGCAGCAGCACCUGGACAAGUUGCAGCAGUGGCGGCAGCAGCAAAGACCAGCAACAGCGGGAAGCCAGCGAAACGAAGCGGCAGCAGCAACAGCAGCAAAUAA